AUGGCGCCCACCGCCGUGCCAGUGGUAUCGCAUCGCGAAGAGGAUUCAAUGAAUACUGAGCCUUCGUUGAGUGGAAGGACAAUUAUUGGUCUUAUAUAUCCACCACCAGAUAUCCGAACUAUCGUCGACAAGACUGCGGCUUUCGUGGCCCGUAAUGGUGUCGAUUUCGAAAACAAAAUCCGUGAGAAAGAAGUUCGUGAUUUCCAAGAAGGGAAGGUAGAAGCUUCUCUCGCAGCGCCGAAACCUCAGCUACCUGAAGCAGUCAAGGAUGCUGUGAAAAAAGCAGACUUUGUGCCAACGAAGCCACCUCCAACGUUUGAAUUUUGUGCAGAUCCGGCUACAAUCAACGCCUAUGACCUUGAUUUGAUUCGGAUGACAGCAUUGUUCGUCGCUAGGAAUGGUCGUCAGUUUCUCACACAACUGAUGACUAGAGAAGCUCGAAAUUUCCAGUUCGAUUUCUUGAAACCUCAACAUUCCAAUUUCACGUAUUUCACCAAGCUAGUAGAACAGUACACAAAGGUAAUAAUUCCGCCGAACACAAUACUAGAAGAUCUCCGUAUUGAAAAAAGUAAUACGAGAAAACUGAUGGAGGAUGUGAAUUACAGAGUUGCUUGGGAGAAACAUCAGAAAAAUCUAAGGGAUAAAGAGGAGAAGGAAGCGGAGAAGGAAAGAGUUGCGUAUGCAUCAAUAGACUGGCACGAUUUUGUUGUUGUUCAAACCGUUGAUUUCCAACCUGGAGAUACUACUAAUUUGCCGGGUCUGUGUACUCCGAAAGAUGUUGGCGCACGUAUUCUACUUGAAGCGAGAAGUGAUGCUCAGAAGCAAGCCGCUGAAGCAAUGGAAAUGGACAUGGAGGAAUCCGAUAGUGAAGAAGAGGCUGACCAACCGAUUCAAAAUGAGGUUGAACCGGAGCCGGUAGCAGUACCUCCUCCGGAAGAAGUUCCUCCACCACCAGCCGAAUUCGCAACACCGUUGCCACCUACGCGACAAAAAGAUCUCAUUGUGAAGGACUAUGAUCCAAAGAAGGCAGCGCAUGCCAUGAAGCGACCAAUGGACAAAUGGCUUAUUUCGCCACUUACUGACUCUCAGUACAAAGAAGAUCGUGAACGUCAACUUGGAGAAAGAGGUAGCGAAGAACCUGUGUUGGCCCCUGGAGCAGAAAUCUCUAAGAACUUGGGAAGAUUCGCGGAGCGACGUACUGAUAUAUUCGGUGUUGGUGCUGCUGGAGCUGAACAGACAGUGAUUGGAAGAAAACUUGGUGAGGAAGAACCUCAACCAACAAAGGUAAGGUAA